UCAGCCUUUGGGCUACAGAGUGGCAGGAGACCGAGAGCCCCUCCCUCUAGUACUGGAACACCCGUGUUUCAGUGUGAUCUCUGUCGCUGCCUCUCCCGCGCCCCAGGAUCACACCUGCCCUACUCUCAUGAGGUCCUUGAGGACCUUGGCUCUUGCCAGAGGCUCUCCCUGCCUUCCUCAGUAAGAGGACAGAAUGGACCUCGGAUUGGCACUGUUCCCGGCCCUGCCUUAGUUGCUUGGCAACAGCUCUGCGUCUCUAGAGAGGACACAGUAUGGCAGGUGGCAGUCCAGUGGCUAAGAGGGUGGUGGUUUACCGGAAUGGGGACCCUUUCUCCCCCGGCCGCCAGCUGGUGGUGACUCAACGCCGCUUCCCCACCCUGGAGACCUUCCUCUGUGAGGUGACAGCAGCAGUGCAGGCCCCGCUGGCUGUGCGUGCCCUCUACACGCCCCGUCAUGGCCACCGUGUCACUGACCUGGCAGACCUGCAGAACGGGGGACAGUAUGUGGCUGCUGGCUUCGAACCGUUCCGCAAGCUCUACUACUUGCCCCCUGGAGGGAAGGACCCCGGAGGAGAGCGCAGCAGACCGCCAGGUCCUCCUGUGACUCACCACCAGUGUGAUGGGGACCUUGGAUGGCAGCUACCUGCAGGUUCUCCCUGCCAUAUCCAUGUGUUCAGGAAUGGGGACCUAUCAAGUCCCCCAUUUAGCCUGAAGUUGUCCCAGGUUGCCAGUAAAGACUGGGAAACGGUGUUGAAGCUCCUGACAGAGAAGGCCAAGUUGAAGAGCGGGGCUGUGUGCAAGCUCUGCACCAUGGAAGGGCUCCCACUGUCAGCAGGGGAGGCACUGGUGAGCGGCCAGUACUAUGUGGCUGUUGGAGAGGACGAGUUCAAGGCCCUCCCCUACCUGGAGCUGCUGGUGCCCAGCCCCUCACCGCCCGGGGGGUGCUGGUAUCCCCCAGAUCUGAAGUCUAGGCCCUAUAAGCAGGGGGUAAGUGAGGAGGAGGCCCUUGGGGUGGGAGGAGGAUCUGAGCCCUCUCAAGAAAUGAGCAUCAGUUGCUUAGUCCAUGGCCACGGCAGCCUGAUGGAAACAGGGCAGGGAGGGGGGAUGCAGGUUAUGAAGAUGGACGGCACCCCUCCUGGUCUCCCACAGGCACCAGGGGCACUCAAGCCUGGUCUGGGAGUAGAGAAGAUCAGAAUAAUCAACACCCACAGCCCAAUCCCUCUACAAGCCCACAAGCCCAAGCCAAAGGCAAGCCAGCCCUCCCUGAAGGAACCAAGACCAACCGAGUCAUCUGCUUUCUAUGCCAGACCCCAGAAGGCCAGUCAGCCAAAAAGCCAGCUUCCCACUCUCUCAUUUUCAUCAGUCAGGGGAGUAUACGGUGCACCCCACCCAAGGAGGGAGACGGCAGGGGCACCAGAAGUAGCAGAAGAUGAAGACACUAGGACAGAGGAGCCCUUGGAUCAGAGGGCAGCACAGACAGUGGAAGAGGCCCUGGUGCCAGAAAACCAGCCUGAGGCUGGGGCAGCUCUCUCAGCUGCAGCCCCAACCCCAUCCUCUUGAAAGCCAGCAGCUCCAGCCAAGACCUGGGGACAGCCACCCUGCAGCUUCCAGAAGCCUGUUUGGGAUGAACCAGCACCUCCCUGGGUUCAUAGUGUACACUGCAGCCUGCUCAGCCCUUCCCCACUCUGCUCUUAAACCCACAGCCCAGUCUUUUCCUCUCUGAGCAGAGUAGCCCUCCUGCAGAGGCCAUUUCCUAUGGGGCUCCCUGGCCAGAGAAAGGAUCAGCCAGCUUGGGCAGGAGAGCACAAGUUGGGAGCGGGUCUAUCACAAUAAAAGAAAACUUACCA